AUGUCAUUUUUACGUGGUUCAGAAAAUUAUGUAUGGUGCACGACAAGUGUUCUCGGUAAAGGAGCGACUGGUGCAGUGUUUCAAGGUGUAAACAAAAAUAAUGGAGAGCCAGUGGCUGUGAAAACUUUUAAUCAAUUGAGUCAUAUGAGACCUCAUGAUGUGCAAAUGCGUGAGUUCGAGGUUCUGAAAAAAGAUGAUCCAGAAAACACUUAUGGUCUUCAAGAACAUGAGUUCUUACUAGUUUUGGAACAUUUAACAGCUGGUAUGAAACACUUGCGUGAUAAUAAUUUGGUUCACAGAGAUUUAAAACCUGGUAACAUUAUGAAGUUUAUUAAUGAGGAUGGAACAACUACUUACAAGCUUACUGACUUCGGUGCAGCAAGAGAAUUACAAGAAGAAGAGCAAUUUAUAUCUUUAUAUGGUACUGAAGAAUACCUUCAUCCAGAUAUGUAUGAACGAGCUGUUUUAAGAAAGCCUGUAGGAAAAAGUUUUGGAGCGACAGUGGAUUUGUGGUCUAUUGGUGUCACUUUAUACCAUGUAGCUACUGGGCAAUUACCAUUUAGACCAUAUGGUGGAAGAAAAAAUAAAGAAACAAUGUUCUUUAUAACUACUAAAAAAGCUUCUGGAGUGAUUUCGGGCACACAAACAGCAGAGAAUGGACCUAUUGAUUGGUCAAGUGAGCUUCCCUCUCACUGCCAAUUGAGUGUGGGACUGAGAAAACUUGUUACCCCUCUACUAGCAGGGCUACUUGAAGUGGACCCUCACAGAAUAUGGACCUUUGAGAGAUUUUUUUCAGAGGUCCAAACCGUCACUUCUACUAAACCUGUCCAUAUAUUUUAUGUGAAUAAAGCUGCUAGUAUCAAGGUGUUUCUGAAACCUGAGGAGAAGUAUGAACACCUGCAGACAUACAUUUGUGAACAGAUGAGCGUGGUACCCGAGUCACAGAUACUAUUGUAUGAAGACAAGUUGCUGCUCUCCGAGAUUGACGAAAACACGCUUGGUAAGAACUACCCGGACACGAAUGCGGAGGAGCCUCUGAUGCUGUUCAACAAGAACAACAACAAUGUGAGCAUGGCGCCCGAGCCGGAGAUACCAAAAUUCCCCGUCUUCCCUAACAUCGUCUCCGUAGAGAACGACGCCACUCAGGCCAAGACGGCGUGCAGCGUGGGGCACGCGGUGCGGCGGCGUGUGGAGGCGCUGUGCGCGGUCGCGGUGCUGUGCGCGCGCUGCGUGCGGCGUUGGGGCGCCUUGCUGGGCGCGCGCCUCGCGCGGGUGAGUGCGCGCGCAGACCAGGUGGCGGCGCGCGCGCACCACGCGGCGCAAGCUGCGCGCCUGCUGCAGCUGGCCGCGCCGCAUGCGCCCCACGUGCCCCACCCGCCAGCCGCCGCGCUGCUCUGCGGCGAGGCGGACGCGCUCGCCACCGCAGCGGCGGCACUCUGCGCGCGACACUCGCAGGCAAAUCUGUCAUGCGAUUUUGGGCUACAGGAGGCUCUACGUGCAGAGUGGGAGGCGGCGGCGGCGCACGAGCCCUGCCCCAAUGACCUGCGCCUGCACCUCAAGGCCAAGACCCUCGUCGAAAGGCUGCGCGACUCGUGGCAGCACCUGGUGCGUGACCGCGCCACGCGCUCGCUGACGUACAACGACGAGCAGUUCCACGUGCUGGAGCGUAUCACCGUCGCCGAGACUGGGCGCCGCGUGCGCGCGCUGCUGCAGCGAGCUGCGCCGCUGUGCCGAGCGCGCGCCGACGCACUCGCUGACUGGUACAAGGUGGCGCAGACUGUAUACCUGCAGACGCAGAUCCUAGAUAAGGACGUAUCGAGCACGGAACUAAAGCUGUUGGCUCUGACUGCGCGCUUACAGGACGCUGAGCAGAAGGUUAAAGCUGCGAUUGGAGACACACCGCAAAGUAAAAAUGAUUCGACGUCGACGGAAAAAGGGAGAGAGGUGGAUAAAGAUAAAGAGAAGGUUGAGCGGGGGAGGCAGACGGGGGCGGGGGAGGACGCGGGAGCGAGUACGGGCGCGGGGGUGGGCGCGCGGGGUGCGGGAGUGCGCGCACUGCUGGCGGCGCACGACGAGCUGGCCGGCGCGUUGGGCGCGCGCUCCGCGCUGCUGGCGCGCGCCGCGCACCUGGCGCGCCAGCUGCAGCCCUAG